AGGAUGAUCUACAAUACAAAUAUAGGCAAUCUAGAUCAACUAAUACGAGAUCAAAAGAAGAUGUAUUCGAUUUAAAAUAUGAAACGAGAUUGUAACAGAGAAUGAGAAUCACGUUUGCAUCUCUGUCAGUGUCGUGCAUUGAAUGAGCUUUUGCUAUCUUUUUCCCAUAAUAACGCCAACUACAUGCUCUUACUUUCAGCUUUAUAAAUUUCGCCAUUUCGUCUCACCUACUGCAAUAUCUUCUUCUUCUUCUUCUGUUAGAGAGAGAGAGAGAGAGAGAAAGAGCGCAAUGGCAACUCUCAAAGUACCCGUAAAUGUUCCCGCUCCGGAAGAGGAUGCUGAGCAGCUCAGAAAAGCUUUUGUUGGAUUGGGGACAGACGAGGAGACGAUAGUGAAGAUUCUAGCGCACAGGAAUGCAGCACAGAGAAGGUUGAUUCACGAAGCAUAUGCUGCAGCUUAUGGAGAAGAUCUUCUUAAAGGCUUGGAGAAGGAACUUUCUGGUGAUUUUCUGCGCGCACUAGUUGUGUGGACAGUGGAUCCAGCUGAACGAGAUGCACGACUAGCUAACGAGGCUACGAAAAUGCUUACUGCAAGCAAUUUCGUGCUCAUGGAAAUUGGUUGCACCAGGCCUUCAUAUCAUCUGUUUAAAGUCAGGGAGACAUAUCAUCUCCUUUACAAGAAAUCUCUCGAAGAAGAUGUUGCACAUCACACUAGUGGCGAUUUCCGGAAACUUCUGGUUCCUCUUGUGAGUGCCUUUCGAUAUGAGGGAGAUGAGACGAACAUGACAUUGGCAAAAUCGGAGGCUAAGAUACUACACGAGAAGAUAUCUGGAAAGACAUACGGUGAUGAGGAGAUAAUACGGAUUCUGACAACAAGGAGCAAAGCACAGCUCAAUGCAACACUUAACCACUACAAUGAUCAGUUUGGAAAUGCUAUCACUAAGGAUUUGAAAUCUGACCCUAAUGAUGAGUACUUGAGGUUCCUCAGAGCAACGAUCAAAUGUUUGACCUGUCCCGAGAGAUACUUUGAGAAAGUACUCCGCCUUGCUAUAAAGGGGACUGGCACGGACGAGAAUGCUCUAACUCGCGUUGUGGUUACUCAAGCUGAGGUUAACCUGCAGCGGAUCAAAGAAGAAUACCUUAAACGUAACAGCAUUCCCCUGGAACAGGCGAUAGCUGGAGACACCUCUGGAGACUACAAGAAAGUCUUGGUCGCGUUGGUUGGAAAAGAGGAAGCUUGAAGCGUGUAAGUGAGUGUGUGAUGUGUGUGUUUGUUCUGGCUUAAACUUGAGUUGAGAAACUUGUUUGAAGACGUGAUGGUCUGUUUAUGUAUCUGGAGGUUUUGAACUGAAUUAUAUAUGGUUUUGGUUGUUUUAUUCUA